AUUUCGUGACUCUUUAGAAGGUCUCUACUCGGAUUUGAUCAAGUUCUACUGUGCGAACGUAAGAGAACUGAAUGAUAGGGGUUAUGCCAAAAUAACGUAACUUAUUUGAGAUACUGCGUUUGCAAAACAAAUUGUGCUAGUGAGAACAUCUGAGACUUUCUUAGAAAAUGAUUGGUGUCUUGAAGAAAUAAAGUUAACAAAACACAAUUAUGUUCAUCAACCGAUAGAGCGAUAGUGGAGUUACUAGUCUACACAAAUAAAGGCUGAAAAAUUCUAAAAAAAAUAAUGGAAAACCGUCACAUUGAUUUAUUUCGCGUCAUCUUUAUGCUAAACUGUUUUGUCCCAUUUCUUUCCUUCACGGGAGUGACAAGCGCACCAGUGAUACCACCAAGUAUCAUAGACAUCAUGAAGAAUGACUCGAAGCUGUGCCAGACAUCCAAAUUUUUAUACGAUUCAGAAUAUGCCAGACCUUGUGCAUCCAUGGCGUAUCCAAUCGCUUCUUGGAACUAUGAUCCAGAGACCUUGAGUAACUUUCUGUGUUUAGGAGUUUACGACACAGCAUACAAGAUUUGUCAAUAUUCUAGUCGGUUACAAAUUCCUCUCAAUAGUACAGCAACAUUAAAUUCAUAUGUGGAGAAAUAUGUUCCUAAUAAGACUAAAACCCAGGAAGAUUUUUGUAACAGUCUACAGGGAUUUACGUCAUUGUAUAGUAAAAUAGAUUUCUUUUUGGCACAGCUGGUCGAAAGUCUUAAUACACCUCAUACAUGUGUAAAGAUAUGCUUUGACUUACGAGAUAAGUUUCAUCCACUGUGCGCAGUACUUGCUUGGAUUAAAAGCAUUGAUGAUAUGAUGAAAAGUGUUAAGGUAGAAACAACACAUGAUCUUGUGCCAACUGAUAAGCCACCUAUGAAUCAAUUAAAGGAUGGUGUAACAGGUGACAUUAAAACUACACAGGUUGAAUCUAAAACGAUAGAAGUAAAAGAACCUAAAGAAUCUAAAGAACAGAAUAGGAAGCAAAUUACGAUAGAUUCUAACAACAGUAAUAAUGUUAAAGAAGGUAACUCAAAUGUUCCUGACAAUGCGCCAUUUGAUGAAGAAAAAACAAAAUUCGAUACUGAGAAAGCAAAUAAUAUACAGAAGAAAAUAAAUAAUAAUACACUGGAGACACAAGUUCACAAAUUAAUACCUUCAAUAUUUAACGAAAAUAAAGAGAAUAGUGGCACUGAGCUUGGCACUAAUGUCGAUGUUGCAAAACCUAUAAAAAAUAUGCCUCCAAACAGUGAUUCACAAGCUCCAUCAAUAAAUAAAGCUAUAAAUAAUGCAAAGAAAGUUGUAAAUGAAGAAAACGCAGAGAAAUCUAAUAAAUUGCAAGAAAUUGAUGAUUUAAAACCCAGUACACUAUCAGAAAAUACACAAGAUCAUUAUGAUGCUGAAAAUCCAGAAGUUAAUAUGGAAAAUGAUAUUGAUGAUGUGGGCGAUACAAUUCAACAUCCAGAUACAGGAAGUCAUAAUGACAAUGUGCAAGAAACCUAUGAACGGAAGAAUAACAAUGCUAGGCUAACGGAAUAUUCUAAUAUGCGAACGGAAGAUGAUUCCCAUUUCUUCACUUACUUUACUGUGAUCACUUUGGCUUGUCUCGCUGGAUACAUAGGUUAUCAUAAUAAACAGAAGAUACUUGCUAUUGUAUUAGAAGGUCGAAGAUCAAGGAAUAGUCGUGGUAGACGGCGACCGAGUACAGCUAGCUACCGAAAACUGGAUUGUACACUUGAAGAAGCUGUUACAUCGCAAUGUAAUGCUAACGUUACUCAUGUCAUAUAUUAAUGCGAGUAGAGUAUCACAAAUUUUAUAACGUCUGUAUUAUAGUAUAACAAGUGUAAUAUAUUUUGUAUUUAUAAGCAUACUUUCAGUAUAAUAUUUAAUUUUCUAAAAGUUUUAUAUUUUAGCAUUGAAUCGAUCUGUCAUAGCAAUGAAAUUUACGAAUAAUAUAUAAAAUAACGUUUAAUAUGAUAUCAGAGAAGCUAAUUAUAUUUUUCAAUUUAUA